CGCGCCAUUCCGUUCGCGACGCACGCUUUCCAAGCGAAAGUUUGAACGUUCCAUUUUCGAAUUUGCCAAUCGUGUUCGAGAUUUUUUUUCUUUUAUUUCGUGUUAAAGGAAGUGAAAAAAGAAAAAUCUUUAAAAACAUAACCCUCCUUCUGGUGCAGUUGGGUAAAAAUGACAAUCAAAAUGCAGUUACCGCGUUCUACCUCCAGUGACAGUGUCGAGUGGUGAAAUGAGACAGAUAUAGUUCAGUGUGCAGUGAGUGCGAAAGAGACAACAUGCUGUCGAGAGGUUUCAAGUACCAGCGGCUGGAUGAUUUGGAGAUUGGAGAGCCCAGCCAAGAGCUGGUGGCGGUGCGGGUCCCGAUCAAUGGCAUGACAUGCCAGUCGUGCGUGAAGAGCAUAGAGGGCUCUGUAAGCGAGCUGCCCGGCGUGCAAUACGUUAAGGUGGAGCUAUCUGAGCACGCGGGCUACUUCCGGUAUGACCCGCGCGCGUGUUCCGCUGCCGCCAUCCGCGCGCACAUUCACGACAUGGGCUUCGACGUGCCGGGCGAUGACGAGGCCAGAAGUCUCCUACCAAAGCCAAUACCCACCGAUCUUCUGAUAGACAUGGGGACAUCAAGCGAAGAAAGCGAGGUGGUGCUACACGUCACCGGCAUGACUUGCCAGUCGUGCGUCAACACCAUCGAAGGCACACUGCAAGAGAUGCCGGGAGUCGUAUCAGCGUCCGUAGACCUACCCUCAGGCAUAGCGAGGGUACGCUCGACGCUGGCGGUGACUCCGCAACAGAUCGCUGACGCUGUGUAUAACUUGGGCUUUGACGUCAGCAUCAAUGAAACAAAUUCUCAAAACAACUCCCAAGAAGGCUCUGGUGACAGUGCCAAACCACCAACACCUGUUAAAAGCAAAACACACGCAAACGGCACAGCGUCGCCCAUGGCAGACAGACAGACAGAACCAGUUGAACUGUCCUGCUGCACGCUGGAAGUGAAAGGCAUGACGUGCGCCUCCUGCGUCGCUGCCAUAGAGAAGAGCUGUUCCAAGCUGUAUGGCGUCCACUCAAUAGUAAUAGCCCUUCUAGCAGCUAAAGCAGAAGUCAAGUACGAGCCGGCAAAGAUAUCGGCGGCAGACGUGGCUCGGUCCGUCACCGAACUUGGAUUCCCGGCUGAAGUGCGAGCGGACUGCGACGGCAGCGGCCAGAAGGAGAUGCAGGUUCUGAUCAAAGGCAUGACGUGCGCGUCGUGUGUCAACAAAAUAGAGAAGACUGUGCUCAAAUUGCCCGGCGUGGUUUCUUGUGCAGUCGCGCUCACAACUUCCAAGGGCAAAAUAAAAUAUAUGGCGGAGCAGAUAGGCCCCCGGAGUAUAUGCGACGCGAUCAACUCCCUCGGCUUCGAGGCGUCGGUCGUCGGGCCUAGGGAUCGGGGCACCACACACUACUUGGAGCACAAAGAAGAAAUAAAAAGAUGGCGGACGGCGUUCCUCAUAUCUUUGUUAUUCGGCGGGCCCUGCAUGGUGUCCAUGGCUUACUUCAUGGCGCACAUGGAGCACGGGCACAUCGCGGUGCUGCCGGGCCUCAGUCUGGAGAACCUCAUCAUGUUCCUGCUCGCCACGCCUGUGCAGUUCGUCGGCGGCUGGCACUUCUACAAGCAAGCGAUAAAAGCGCUGCGACACGGCACCACCAAUAUGGACGUACUUAUAUCAAUGACUACCACUAUCAGCUACGCCUACUCGCUGGCGGUGGUCAUAGCAGCAAUGGCGAUGCAGCAAGACACGAGUCCUAUGACAUUCUUCGACACGCCUCCGAUGUUACUCGUGUUUGUAUCGCUGGGCCGGUGGCUAGAGCAUAUAGCCAAGGGUAAAACCUCCGAGGCUCUCUCCAAGCUUCUCUCGCUGAAGGCCACAGAGGCGGUGCUGGUGACGUUAGACGAUGACGAGAAUGUGGUCUCUGAGAAGAGCAUCCCUAUUGACCUGGUGGAAAGGGGGGAUGUGCUGAAGGUGGUCCCUGGAGCCAAAAUACCCGUGGAUGGCAAGGUGAUAUCCGGCCACAGCACGUGCGACGAAUCCCUCAUCACGGGCGAGUCUAUGCCAGUUCAGAAAACUAAAGAUUCCCUAGUAAUAGGCGGCAGUAUAAACCAGAACGGUGCUUUGUUAAUGCGAGCGACUCACACGGGCGAAGCUAGUACCUUAGCACAGAUAGUGCGACUGGUAGAAGAAGCGCAGAGCAGUAAGGCCCCCGUGCAGCGGCUGGCCGAUAAUAUCGCUGGCUACUUCGUCCCGCUGGUGAUGUUCCUGUCGCUGCUGACGCUCGUCUGCUGGAUCAUCAGCGGCGCCAUCAACAUUCAGAACAUCAAGAAUAUCACGCCGGAUAUGUACCUAAACAAGUUCACCCGCUGGGAGUUGAUUGUCCAAACGGCGUUCCUUUCACUGUCGGCGCUCGCCAUCGCGUGUCCCUGCGCGCUGGGGCUGGCCACGCCCACCGCCGUCAUGGUGGGCGCCGGCGUGGGCGCCGCCCAGGGGCUGCUGCUCAAGGGCGCCGAGCCGCUGGAGAACGCGCACAAGGUGAAAACAGUGAUAUUCGACAAGACCGGCACUAUAACACGCGGCAGUAUGGCAGUGGCCCACGUGUCGCUUCUAACCGGAUCAGCCAACACAUUACCGGACGUGGUCGCUUGUCUACUGGCUGCUGAGACAAACUCUGAGCAUCCGGUCGCUGCAGCAAUAGUGAAAUGGUGCACAUCAGUACUAGGCGAGAGCACUCCUCUAAAAUGCGUGGGGUUCGUCGCAGCACCAGGCUGUGGACUCCGCGCUAGAUUGAGGACGAAAAGGGACCAGAGUGUGGAUAUACCUUCGUUGAAAAACGUGCUGAAUCAAGCCAAGGUGGGCAAUUCCUUCGAGCUACACGGCGUAUGCGUUCAAGUGUUGGCCAGCGACGGCGACGCUGCCUUAAGUUCAGCGCAGGCCGCUGCCAGGCUGCACACGCUGAUCAAGACUGACAAUGAGGGAGAGGAAGUGGAGCAGGUGGUGUUGAUAGGCAACCGGAAGUGGAUGAACAGGAACGGGGUUCCCGUUCCGCGAUCAGUCCUGGAGGCUCUCUUGAGGGAUGAGGAGUUAGGACGGACAGCAGUACUGGCUGCUAUUAACGACCAGCUAGUGUGCACAAUAGGCAUUUCAGACGAGGUGAAGCCCGAAGCCCAUUUAGCGGUGUACUGCCUCAAGAAAAUGGGCUUGGAAGUGUGUCUGCUUACGGGAGACAAUCGCAAGACUGCCGUGGCUAUAGCGCGACAAGUCGGCAUAAACAAGGUAUACGCAGAGGUGCUGCCCUCACAUAAAGUGGCGAAAAUACAGAAACUGCAAGAACAGGGACAAAAAGUUGCUAUGGUUGGUGACGGCGUGAACGAUUCGCCAGCGCUCGCUCAGGCCGACGUCGGAAUUGCCAUCGCCAGUGGAACCGACGUCGCCGUAGAGGCCGCUGAUCUCGUACUCAUGAGGAACGAUUUACUAGACGUAGUGGCGUGUCUCACUCUCUCUCGAGCGACAGUGCGGCGCAUCCGACUCAACUUCAUCUUCGCCUCAGUGUAUAAUCUGCUGGGAAUCCCGCUGGCAAGCGGCGCCUUCGCUGCCUAUGGGCUACAGCUGCAGCCGUGGAUGGCAUCAGCAGCUAUGGCGAUGAGUUCAGUAUCCGUCGUCUGCUCAAGUUUAUUGCUCAAGACCUUCAAGAAAGCGACAGCAGAGGAACUGACUACCCCAGAAUACCUGCAGUCGAUACACUUAGAGGAACUGGACUCGGUGUCUGUGCACCGAGGGUUAGAUGAUAGAUUGGAUCCAUCCGGCAGGGCAGCUUCGCCUCUUGCCAAAUUAUUCCAUCGAAGCAAAUCGAAUGAGGGCUGCCUUCUACAAGAGGACGAUGACCUGAUGACCGUCUCUUUUAUACCAAAGCGGCCGACGCGAGAGCAACCGAGCUUGAACGGGUAGACGUAAUUUUGAACUGUAUUAUUAUAGGAAAUUGGGUCGAAUUUAGCCUGAAGAUUUUCACGGGAAAUGAUAGACUUUGCUGAAUGUAUAAUCGAUCGUAAAUCCAUCGAAUAAAGUGCUAUUUUGAUUGCCACAGCGUGAUUCUCUCUUGGUUGGGAUAUUUGUCAACUUUUAUUUCAAAUGUGACGUAUAAAUGUUUCUUCUCUGUCAUAAAAACUUAAAUUUUAAUUGUAAUAUUUAUUUUUAAAUGUAACUACAUAGUUAAAGACUUUUAUAGGCUUAAUAUUUUUAAUAAAAUAAUUAUGUCCUCUUCAUUAUUUCAAAUUAUCGCUCAAACUGAAAUUUUGUACUAUCAUCACAAAUUAAUUUAGAAAAGUAUUUCUUUAAGGUACAAUAAAAAUUGGCUAACAAAUUGGUCUAUUUGCAAUUGAUGGAAGAUUUAAUAUACAGGUUCUCCCAAAAUUAUAGAUGACCUACACUGAACUGUCUCUGCUAUAACAUUGACAGGAGUGCGCUAUUGUCAAUACUGGGUUGUUUAUAGUUUUUGAUUUUUUUCACUUGACGUUUCAAAAUUGUUGAACUAUAGCACGUCCAAUGUCAGUGUGACAUGCUAAUUUUGGGACAUCCUGUAGAAAAAAAUGACGUCAUAAGUUGGUAAUUAUAAAAUCCUACUACCUGCAAGGUAUAUCUAUAAAUCCUACUACAAGACGACGAAUUUCUCCAAUGGAUUUUAAAUUGUAUGUCUUUACUGUAAGGUUGAAAUUCAAGUGAGAAGAUGUGAUUGUAUGUUAUGACAGCUGUAAUGAGCCAGUUGCACUGCAAAAGUCGAUCUUAUUUCGUGUGCAGUAAGGGUUAUAUUACAGUCUACAUGGGGUUUUGGUGUGCCUGACUUGUAUGCUUUAUUUGUGGUCCCUUUCCCUCUUGUGUUAUUUCUAAUACGAUAGAAGAGGCUAGGAAAUUGUAUGUCGACUGAUGGUCUUACUUAUUUAUGACUUGGUGUAAGAAAAAUGGCGGGAAUAGAUGAAUAAAUUGUACGAUAGCACUCAAACUUAACUUUAACACCUUAUGUAUAGGUCUAAAGCAGUCUUUCCCAAAGUGGGCGAUAACGCCCCCUUGUGGGCGCUGCAGGCUUAAAGGGGGGCGGUAAGAGACCCAGAAAAAAAAUCGGGACGUUGCAACGCG